AUGUCUGUGAUCGCAAUUUCCGAGUCCUUCCGCGGCAAGAUUUCGGCUUUGGAUGCUGAUCGAUGGUUACUGGAAUACUGUUCAGCAUAUAUACAUCCGUACAAUGUCUGGCGCGUCAAGUCAGCUGUCUUCCUUCUUCCGCCAUUCCCGCCAUGCCUCUGCCUACUUCUCCCAAGCGGUACAGUAUCUGAAUUCGCGUUAUGCCUUCUCUGCGCUGUCGGAUAUGUCCUUGCGGCGAGGAACGCACCUGGCCAGCCCAAACAGGCUAUGAAGGUUAACGCGUUUGAGCUCGUUGGCAACAGUAUUGGCAGUGGCCAACAGGUAUUCUUGGGCACCGAAGACAAGGUGUAUAUCAUUGACAAAACAGAAAAUAACCCGACACAAAUCAAUGGACACCCUGCAUGGGCUGCAGAAUGGUCUGCUAGCUCGAAACAAACGCGUCCUAUGGAUGUUACUACGAACUCUUUCUGCGCGGGAGGAAGUGUUUUAGGCAAUGGGACGUGGCUCAACGUUGGCGGGAAUCAAGCAGUAACUUAUGGCGGUGUAGCCACGGGCCAACUCGGCGGACCUCCCUAUAAUGAUCUCGAUGGCGGACAAUCGUACGAGAUGCUCAACCCGUGCGAUGGCGGUGACUGCAAUUGGUUUUUGGUUGCACCCAUGACUACAAGGCGUUGGUAUCCCACCCUAGAAACGCUUCAGGACGGAAGCGUCAUUAUUGCCGGAGGAUGCACAUAUGGAGGCUACGUUAGUGAUGCAGGACAAACCAACCCCACAUACGAAUUCUUUCCCAGUCGUGGUCAGCCAAUUGUCUCGCCCAUCCUUCAGUCCACGCUCCCAACAAACUUGUACCCUCUUAUAUGGCUCCUUCCAUCUGGCAAACUCUUUGUUCAGUCUGGCUGGAAAACGGUCUUACUUGAUAUGGACCAAAACAAGGAGACUCCGUUGCAGGACAUGCCAGAUGCCGUUCGUGUAUAUCCUGCGAGUGCCGGAAACACGAUGUUACCGUUGACCCCAGACAACAACUAUACGGCGUCGAUCAUGUUCUGUGGUGGUAGUAACAUUCGUACCGAGCAAUGGAGCCAAGACUGGGACAUCCCUCACUGGCCAGCGUCUUCUUCCUGUGUGCAGAUCACCCCCGACCAGUCCCCGAAUUACGUUGAAAUGGACGCAUUGCCGGAGGGUCGAACGAUGGGAAACUUGAUUCUGCUUCCUGAUGGAAGAAUCUUGUGUUUGAACGGCGCAAAGACAGGUACUGCCGGCUACGGAAACAAGUCUUUCAAUAUUGGCCAGUCAUACGCUGACCAGCCACAUUUGACGCCGCUCAUGUAUGAUCCAAAGGCACCAGCUACCAAACGCUGGUCUCUUAAUGGAUUCUCUUCGAGUAGCAUUCCACGCAUGUAUCACUCCACGGCUACCUUGCUUCCAGAUGGUUCAAUCUUCGUGGCAGGUUCGAAUCCCAACAGUGACGUGAAUACCACCGCCCCCUAUCCUACGGAAUAUCGAAUCGAACGCUUCUAUCCUUCAUAUUACAAUCAACGUCGGCCAGAACCUCAGGGUCUUCCGAACCAGCUCUCUUACGGCGGCUCCUAUUUUAAUGUUUCGCUGACACUGGCAGACCUUUUCGGCAACGUGGACAGCAUCCAAACGGCGAAAGUUAUUGUUAUGAGGACCGGUUUCUCUACACAUACGAUGAACAUGGGCAUGCGCUCGGUACAAUUACAGAGCUCUUUUACGGGAAGCGGCGAUGGAAGCGCAGUUCUUCAUGUAAACCAGUUACCUCCCAACCCAGCUAUCAUGCCUCCUGGCCCCGCACUGUUAUUCGUGGUCGUUAAUGGUGUCCCCUCCGUCGGUAUUCAGGUCAUGUGCGGUUCUGGCAAGAUUGAGAAACAGUCGACGAUGCCCGUGCAAAACCUUCCAACCUCGAAUAUUAUUUCGACGCAGGCGGGACAAAAGCAGAUUUCCGGUACCAGUUUCUUGGUCCAUUCUGCCAGAAACUGGUUGGUCUUUAUGAUGAAAUACGUUGGAGCGGUCUCUGCUAUCUUGCUUUUUUGA